AUGCACGUUAGUCAGUUUUGUGUUAUCAUUGUGUCUGUACGUGUAUGUGUAAUAGUAAUUUUUCUCUCGUCAAAUCGUAAGUGAUAUUUCCACAUUUUGGUUUUGGGGAAUACAUUAAAACUUAUGAUAAAAUACUCAACAACUGUGAUUAAAUAAUAUUGUAGUUGAUGUCAAUAACUUGAUAUUUAUUAUCAUAUGGGCACCAGGAAUGAGGAAAUUGGAAACCAUUUAUCUAAUUGCAAUUAUAUCAUUGAUAAAAAAUACUUCAUGUGAAGGAUGAAGUGGUUUCAUAAAAAUGGCGAAGAUGCAUCGCCUCGUUUACUAAGUUUAUCACCAAUUAGAAAUCAUGAAACAGGAGUACCAGACUAUUCUGCCGGAAGAUAUUAUCAAAUACCUCAAGGACCCAGAAGAUCUAGACUAGAUACUUCUGCGACAAGACUAGAGAGUAUAGACUGUAAUGGAGAUGUCAGCUGUUAUAAUGUACGAGACCGCACUAUUCGAGUGCAAAACGUACGAACUAGACAACAAAUUAAAGAAAAACGAAAUCCGCUAUUGGAUCAAAUCAAGCAUACAGGUCUAACACACUUUAAACCUACAGCUACCAGCAACAAUAGUCAUGAUGACUCAAUAUACAAAGGGAAUCUCACGGAAAAAAAUGAAGAAGAAACUAAGCCAAGCAGAUUAAAAUCUUUAUCAGAUAAAUACCUUAAGUCAUCCACUCAAAGAUUUUUAGCGAAACUUUAUAAAAAUUCGCCUAAUAAAGCUCAUUCCCAAAAUGAAAAUAGCUCUUCAGCAGUUGAAGAACCACCCCCAAGAAAUAAGGUUAAACUACGAAGUCUUUCUUAUGGAGCAUUGCCGGGAUUAGAAGAAUUCCGAAAACGCCUUACUGAACUGCCAACAGACAAAACUACAGCACCCGAAGAUGAUGACAGUGGGAUACUUAUUAAUGAUCCGCCUAAUGAAUCGACUACUCCGUCUCCUGAUUUAAGUAAUCCAGAUCGAAACUUCAGGAGUGCAUCUCAAUAUGUUAUAAAACGAAACUAUGCACUUAGUUUACCUUCCGAUGGCAAUUCAGUUACUACAAAUUUAUCUUCCAGGGAAAAUUCGACCUGUGAUUACUGGGAUUAUAGAACAAUUCACUUACAUAAAAAUCAUCCAAAACAAAUUCUUGGUGUACAAAUUAAAGAAGUUCAAUCUGGAGGUAGUUUCGGUUAUGAAGUUAUAAACGUUGUUCGAGGUGGAAUAGCCGGCCAAACAAGCGAUUUAAAGGUUGGUGAUCAUAUCAUCUGUGUAAACGGUCAUCGUUUGAUUGGAGUUAACUCAUCUGAAGCUGAUAAAAUUCUUAACGAUGGCAGUAGUCCAGUUACAUUAGUAAUAGCUUCACGGAGAUCCAAUCAAUCAAAAUAUCAACAAAAAACUAAGACGAGAUUACCUGAAACGUUGGUGGAUUAUGAGAAUAAUGAAUUAAACUGUUCUAAUACGUUACAAAAAUAUAAUAGAAAUUUCCAUACAACAGUUUGUGUAACACCUCCGACACCUUCAAGACCACAGUCUUUAAAUAAGAAGAAUGUCACCAAAGUAUACCUUAAAGGAGAUAGCGACGCUACAUAUGUUGGGCCUGAUUGCGUAACAUUUUGUACAUUACCGAGACGACCUAAAACAAUAGUGUGCAAAUUUCACACGUUUGUAUUAGAAAAAGGUCCAGGAAAAAAAGGUUUAGGCUUCACAAUUGUUGGCGGAAAGGAUUCGCCUAAAGGUGCGAUGGGAAUUUUUAUUAAAAGUAUUUUGGACAAUGGACAAGCAGCUGAUGACGGCAGACUAAAACCAGGGGACGAAAUUUUAGCAGUUAACGGUACUUUUUGUCAUGAUCUGACUCAUUCGGAAGCCAUAACAUUGUUUAAAUCAUUUAAAAGUGGUUCUAUUGCUCUUCACGUUUGUCGAAGAUAUAAAACACCCAACGAAUCAAUCAAAGCCCGUUCGUGUACAAAUCUUUUAGAUAACAACGAAGAUGAAUCCGAUUAAGUCAACUAUUAACUAACUACAAUUUAUCUAGUCGCCAAUGUCUAUUAAAUUGUUUUUCUAAUUGUGGAUAUUUGUCGAAAAUUAUCCAUUGAGCUAUUACUCACACUCUAUUUAUAUAAUUUGUAUUAAUUUUUACCAUUGUGUACAGUAGCAUUUAGAUAAAUAUUAGCAAUUGCUUUAAGAUUCAGCAAGUGAAUUGAAAACCAUGAAUAUCUUAAUUAUUCUGUUCCUAUGAUUAUUGUAAUAAUUUAUUACUAAUAAAUAAUCAAUUUUUGUUA